AUGGCGAAUAUGAUCAAUACGAACAAGGAGAUAAUGGGAAUUGAAAAUGAGUUGGCUGCGUUUGUACGUAGCACGAAAAUGCGUCGUUUGCUCCAAUGCCCAGCGAAGGAUGCAGCACGGCCAUCCAAGAAAAGGCGAAGAGUUUGUUCAAUACCAACAGAAGUGAAAACGAAGCCUUUGAAUUUAAUGCAAAUCGGCAAGUUCAAAUCAAGAUUUGGUCUGCAUAAUUUAAAAUUGACUGGAGGAGCGGCUAGCGCUGAUUAUGAAGAAGCGAAAAAAUUUCCCGACAUGCUUAAAAGUAUUAUUGCUGAAGGCGGUGACAGCCCGAGACAUGUUUUUAAUGUCGAUGACAGGACAUUAUUGGAAGCGUUUACUAUCACGUACAUUUAUUUCCAAGGAAGAAGCUACAACACCAGGGUUCAAAGUCUCCAAAGACAGGCUUACACUUGUUUUGGGCGGAAGUGCGGCUGGCGAUUUCAAACUGAAGCCUCUACUAAUGUACCAUUCGCAAACUCCAAUAUUUCGAAAACCACGCUGCCACGCUGGAGCCAUAAUGAAAAGGCUUGGAUAGCUUCGGCGUUAUUAACUGAAUGGUUUAGAAAUGAAUUUUGUCCAAUCAGCGAAGAACAACUUAUCCCACAAGGUUUUGCUAUUAGUCGAAAAUGCUCCUGGACAUCCUGCAACUGCAACCAAAGCGGUGAAAAUGUGAAAGUGGCCUUCCUACCGCCAAAUACCACUUCCCUGCUGCAACCCAUGGACCAAGGUGUAAUUGCUACCCUUAAAGCAUACUAUUUGCGUCGAACUUUCAGGCAGUUGGAGGAACGUUUAGACGAUAUAAUAGCAUUGGAUAAAGAUAGGCAAUUAUCAAUGGUUGAGUGUUCGGAUAGCUGA